AUGGACUCCACCAUGCUUUUGUUCCUCUCGGUCUUGAUCCUCAUGCUUUUGGCGAUGGCUAUAGCGGUUGAUGAGAAGGCCUCGAAUGACCGGAUCGCCAAAUUACCAGGCCAGCCGGAGUUGGACGUGGCCCAGUUCUCUGGCUACGUCUCCGUCAACAGGGAGGCGUCCCUCUUCUACUGGCUAGUAGAAGCUGCUGGUGACCGCGAGAAGAAGCCACUCUUACUGUGGCUGAAUGGAGGACCUGGGUGCUCCUCCAUCGGCUACGGCGCGAUGCAGGAGCUGGGCCAAUUCCAAGUCUCGCUUGAUGGCGAAACUCUGAUCACCAACCCGUAUUCAUGGAACCAGGAAGCAAACUUGUUGUUCUUGGACUCGCCUGCCGGAGUUGGUUUUUCUUUUUCGGCUGACAACUUCACUCGAUACGGUGACCACUCGACAGCCCAUGAAUCUUAUACAUUCCUGAAAAGAUGGUUCAAGAGAUUCCCAGGGUAUAAAGGCCGAGCCUUCUACAUCGCUGGAGAAAGCUAUGCCGGUCAUUAUAUACCAUCAUUAGCGGAGGUCAUUCUGAAGAACUCCCGGAAAAAAAAUCCGGUGAUAAAUCUCCAAGGCAUUUUGAUGGGUAAUCCUAACCUGGACCAGGCGUCCGAACUGAAAGGAAGAGCUCUAUACUGGUGGAGCCACGGUCUCAUCUCGGAUGACACUUUUCAAGGGCUAACGAGUCCUUUGUGCAGCUCUCCGAAGACAUACAGAGCGAAGGCGUGUGAGCCCUACUUCCGCACAUAUUUGCAAGAGGAAGCUGGAAACGUGAAUUUGUUUAAUGUUCUUCUAACAGCGUGCGAAACUGAGGAGGUGUCUAAAUUUUGUCUCGAUGGGAUCACCUCCAAGUACCUGAACAGGAAGGAUGUGCAGCAAGCCUUCCAUGCGAACCCCACCGCAUGGACACUUUGCAGUAGCCCUAUACAACACAAUUACAGCCUUCCCGCAAAGGGAAAGUCGAUGUUGCCCACGCUGAAGCUACUCAUUCGAUCAGGCCUGCAAAUCUGGAUAUACAGUGGAGAUGCAGAUUCAACAAUUCCCUUCAUAGCCACUCGGACCGCUAUUUCCAAGCUGCACCUUGAGAUGAAUGCAAAAUGGUAUCCUUGGGGACAUAAAAACACGAUUAGUGGCUGGUCUGAGAUAUACGAAGGGAUGACCUUUGCGACAAUCAGAGGCUGCGGUCACGAUGUCCCCAUGUACGCGCCUGCUCAAGCGCUCGACAUGUUCAAACACUUUUUAGCUCGCAGGCCGUUGCCUAAGUAUACGAAGUGA